AACCCAGCGAACUUUGUUGGAAGAAGUGAAAAGAAGUUUCACACAGACUGAUUCUGUGUGUCCCCUUUCUCUGUCUAUGAAUGGAAAAGCAAAAAAUAGAACUUCUGAACAUUUUGACCAGACGUGACUUUACCUCGGGAAGAUUUUGAUGAAGUCAGAGCUUCGCAACAGGGAUGACUGUUUAGAAAAGCGUGAGGAGCUCUAGAGGGACCUCGCAUUUUUCACCAUUUGUAUUCUCAUUCAUCACUCCGUCGAGUCUAAGGUCACAGAAGUCACUCUCCGACUGGAAAGUUAUUCCCGCUUUUGAGUCAUGACGUGGCUAUUCUCAACACUGGGCACUUGGCUCUUCAUGCUUUUGGCGGUACCAGUCGUCUGUCAGAGUGGUGAUGAUGAAGAAUGGGGAUCAGGUGACAUCCCCAGGGAAGUGUUCACUGGCAACACCUCUGAUUCAGUCGUCCGUGCAGACGAAACGACCAAAUCCGACAGAGCAGUCUGGAUCGAACCACAUUUCCAGGCCCUGACAGAGACAGAAGGUAGCGACUGUUAUGUAAAUUUCCACACCAGCCAAAUCUUGUCAAGGCGGUUACGAGCGUUCAGGGAGGAAGUUGCUUAUCUAAAGGCCCUACAGCACGGGAACCAGGCAGUAAUGGAGAACCUGGUCCAGUUUGUAGGUGCGGAAAUGGGAGAUCAACGCUAUGAGGAUGUGAUCCAAGAGAAUGCUGUUGGAAUCAAGGAAGAUCACGUCAGUUGUGAGAAGGUGGUGAUGAAGGCAUCAGAGGACAUGGAGAGUCAGCUCGCGGGAGAUGCUCAAGCUACUUUGGCAGGAAUUCAGAAAAUAAAAGAAGAAUCUCACACCUUUGAAGAAAUGCUGCGUGCCGCCGCCGAUGUCGCCACUCGACUGGAGACCUCUUCACGAGCCCUGCAUGUGAAGUUGAUGGAGCAGCUGAGGAAGAACACGAGACAGCCACGCUAAACUAAAAAACUCAACGGGACACCAUCCAUCCUGGAAACAUUCAUUAUAAUGUUGUUUGACAUAUUCAUCUGCAAUGUUUUAAUAACAAUGAUCUUCACAGUGACAUCAUCACAUCUGGACCUGAAUGAAGUGGUGAUCCAAUCCUAAAGGGACUUUUUAAAAUAUGUUUAUGUCCAGCUUUAAUAGAUGCUAUACAUCCAUCUUUACAUUUUCUUUCAUAAGAACAAGAGAAACAUCUAGAGAGAGGAUGGAUUGAAAUUUGAACAAUGUUUUUCUUUCCAAGCUCUUGUUGGUUGUUCAUUUGUGAUCCAUAAAACCAUAAUGGCUUUGUGUGCAAGCAACGUGAAAAAAUAUUCUUGGCAGUGAAGUGGCAUCUUAGAAGAAUAUUUCUUUCCAUGUAUAGACAACCCCAUACCAAUGGGCUGGCUGUCUUGGCGCUAGGGAGCAGAUGGUGAAAUGGCACUGUGAGGGUCUGGAAGUCAGCGAGUAUAAACUCAAGAGAGCAGAAUGGAAAA